AUGUCGGAUCUUGAUACUAUAUCAAUAAUGAUCGCAACUGAUAUACACUUGGGGUAUCAGGAGCAAGAUCCGAUUCGUGGGACUGAUAGUUUCAAUACCUUCAAAGAAAUUUUGCAACACGCAAGGGAUAAUAAUGUGGAUAUGAUAUUACUAGGUGGUGAUCUAUUUCACGAAAAUAAGCCUUCACUUUAUACUUUAAACGAAACAAUCAAAUUGCUUCGCGAAUUCACUGUUGGAGAUAAAAAAGUUGAUUUUAAAGUCACCAGUAAUCAAUUGAAAAACUUUGGAAGGCGAGUUAAUUAUUCGGAUCCUAAUGAUAACAUUGCAUUGCCCGUGUUUUCUAUACAUGGUAAUCACGAUGACCCAACCGGUGCUAAACGUGUUGGUCCAUUAGAUUUACUUUCAUCAUCAGGCUUAAUCAAUUAUUUCGGUAAAAACAAUAAGGUGGACGAUAUUGAGGUUUACCCAAUAACUAUCGAAAAGGGAUCAAUAAAGAUGAAUAUAUUUGGGAUUGGCAACGUGAGAGAUGAGAGAUUACACCGAUCCUUCAUUAAUGAUCAAGUAACUUGGUGUGAACCUGAUAAUAUCAAAGAUUAUUUCAACUUGAUGGUAAUUCAUCAAAAUAGGGUACCUCAUGGUCCUAAAAAUUAUAUACCGGAAAAUGUUCUUCCCGGUUUUUUGGAUGUUGUAUUUUGGGGUCAUGAACACGAUUGUAGAAUUUUUCCUGAAACCAGUCCUCAGAAAAAGUUUGACGUCAUUCAGCCCGGAUCUCCGGUGGCUACAAGUUUGUGUGAUGGAGAAGCUAUCACAAAAUAUGUGGGAAUUAUGAAAAUCUUUAGUAAACCACGUAAUGAAAAAAAAUACGAGAUAAUUCCUAUACUUUUAAGCACUGUUAGACAAAUGAUAAUUGAUACAAUUGACAUAAGAAAAGAACUUGAUGUCAUUCCAGGUGAUGACAAAUCAUUGGAACUUCGGUUGAAAUCAAAGGUUAACGAAAUGAUUGAACUUGCACAGAAUCAAUGGAUUGAAAAUAAUUCAGACAGUCUUGAAAACCCACCACUUCCUCUAAUCAGGUUAAAUGUGGAAUUAAGUAGAGAAUAUAAUCGUAUACGUACUAGUUUUUUCGAACAAGAUUAUAGAAGUCGUAUUGCUAAUAAUGAUAGCAACGGUCAAAAGAUCGUGACAUAUCAUUUUAAAGAAGCUGAGAGGUCACAGGAUCAAAACUUGAUCGUUCCAUUAGAUUUCGGUGAUGAAGAAAUAUCACAAAAGAAUGCAACGUAUUUUGUCAUUGAGCAACUUGCUAAAAAGUUAAAGGAGAAACCAUCUCAAUUUUUCCCAGAAAAUGGAAUCUUAAACGCUAUUGAUCUCUAUGUUAAUAAAGAUGAUGAGCACGCUGUUAGAGAUUUUUUUGAAUCAACUAGGAAACAUAUGAAAAAUCAUUUGAAAGUUCAAGCCAUACCAGAAAAUUCAUUUCCUGGGAAUUCAGAAGUCAAGGACGUGAUAAAGGUAGAAAAGGAGAGGCUGAACCAAGAAUGGUCUACACAAUUUAAUCCGGAACAAUAUUUGGAUAAGUCAAGAACAGAAAAAAAUACAAGCUUUCCCAGUAGAGGACGUGAUUCCAAUACACAUACUAUUAUUGAAGAGGAACCGGAUGACAUGGAUUUAGAUGGUGAAACAAGAAUUACCAAACCCAGUGCUUCUAGAAAACGUGGUAGGGGAAGUCAACAAGUAACUGUUGAUGAACAAGAUGAUUAUGUUGAGGAAACAUACGAUCUACCUGGAAAGAGUAAUGUUACUACCAGGAGCGGUACUGCUCGAACGCGUGGACAAGAAAGUGAACGUGAAGUAAUAGUUAUUGAAGAUGAGCCGGAAAGUGAAGGCGAUGAAGAAUUUGAUAAUGAAUAUUCGAGAAGUGCAUCAUCAGCUAGAAUGACGGAAGAAGAGCAAGAAUUUGAGGAUGACGUUGAAUUUGAUAAUGAAUUGUCAAAUGGCCCUUCAUCAUAUAGUAGUGGCAUUACACGACCUCGUGGACGUGGACGAGCGGCCGCAAUAAUUGAAGAAGAACAAGAAUUUGAGGAUGACGACAACGAAUUGUCAAGAGACGUUUCAUCAUAUAGCAAUACUCGAACUCGUGGGCGUGGACGUGGACGUGGGCGAGCGGCCGCAAAAAUUAAAGAAGAACAAGAAUUUGAGGAUGACGACAACGAAUUGUCAAGAGACGUUUCAUCUUAUAGCAAUACUCGAACUCGUGGGCGUGGACGCGGACGUGGACGAGCAGCCGCAGCAAUUGAAGAAGAACAAGAAUUU